AUGCAGCGGCGCGCCGCCGUCGACGCGCAAGAGUGCCACGACACGCGUUUCUCACCCAACUCGGGUGGUGCUUUCGGUAGAGCACCAAAUUUGGCCGCAGCAGCUGCGAUCCAAAGCACGCCCCGGCACCGCAGGUUGAGCCACGUGCGGAUCGCCUUAGUACCUAGAAGUUUUUGUUUUUUGGACGAGGUAUGGAUGAAGCCUAGCUUACCUCCUGUUCCGCUUGGAGCAUGUGCAAUAACGACGAUGCGGCCGAGAAACCGAAUACGAGCCCAGCUCGACCUUUGGAACGAAAGAGUCGGUGAAUCGGGACUUUUUUUCUCUCUCCUAGUCGCGUACUGGUGUUCACAAGCGUGGUUCUUCGUGUACGGCGUUAAAUAUGCGCUUAGUCUGGCGCUUCCUUCCGAUUGGUCUCGGUAUAUGCUGAUCUUUGGCAGAGGUUUUGGAUACGUGGCAACGUUCAACGCGUUGCUUCUUCCUAUAACCGUGAACCGAACCCUGACCAAUAUCUUGUACAGGCUGCCUCUGUACGAUAUUUUUAGCGUAGCCCGAUGGUUGCCGGACCUGCACGCAAUCAUCGCGCGCUGGUUCACAAUCGCAGGCUGGAUCCACGGCAUCCUGCUGAGUGUCGCUUACGGCGUUGGGACGCUUCCGUUCCGCGGCGGCUUCUUGCCCUUUUCGAAUACGAUCCCCACGACGAUGGUUUUUGUAACCGGAUGUGCCCUGAUGGCGUUUCUGCUAGCGAUCGUGCUGCUCUCUCUGGGGAGCGUUCGUCGGCGAGUCUAUCGCGUAUUCUGGGCGAGUCAUGUGCCGCUAGCGAUUCUUACCUAUGCGGCACUCGUUUUCCAUGGUCUACGGGGCGGCCGCCUCUGGUCCGUCUAUUUUUUUGGGUUGCCGGUCGUACUCUACAUACUGGAUAGGCUGUAUCACAGCUUUGCUGCUGCCUUCACGCCACAUCGAGUUCUGUCUGUGGAGCUGUCGCAUAAGAAUUCGAAUGUGGUUCGUCUUGUCCUGGAACGCAGGGGUCGCAAGUUCGUUGCCGGCCAAUACUUCAAACUGGCCUGGAAAUUUCACGUUUGCUCGCACCUGGCUGUCGCCGGAGAAUGGCAUCCUUUCACAGUGGCCAGUUCACCUUUGCUAGACAAAGAUCGCAUCAUUUUUUUCAUUGCCGCAACCGGGAAGUGGACGAAUGCAUUGCGAGCAUUGGCUCUACAGCAACACCAGCAACAGCAUGACGAGAAUCUCGAACACGCAUCAUCCACGAGUCCGACACCGAAAUCCCUCGCUACUGAGGCAAUGCCUCACGCUGUGGACAAGUCGAGCAUAACGACGUGUUUGCCUAUCAACCGCCGGUGGAUUCUGCUUUCGGGGCCGUACGGCGCUCCUGCGCAGAGUCAUCAGAACUUUGCGCACCAGCUGCUGAUCGGCACUGGCGUUGGUGCCUCGCCAAUGUUCUCCAUCGUGCAGGAGCUCUGCGGUCGAGCGACGCCCUGCGACAACAACAACAACAAAGACGCAAGCCUAGAAUGCAGCGAUGUGUCCACCGGAGGUGACCUUGAGAACGGCACCCUUGCGUCGGUAUCCGAUACGACAUCUCCGACGAGGGAAAGCACCGACCUGCCCAACUUCGAAAAGCUGAAAGCGUCCACAACAGCGAACGAUUCGAGCUCCGAAGUGGUUCCGAGCGUGCAGGCUCUGCCGCCGGUGCUAGCGGCACGUCUGGGCACCCUGCGCGGUGACACUUUCCUGGAUCGCUUCUCCGCUGCGGUGCUCAGUAAUCUGUGGCUCUUCUCUAUCCUGUGGAUUUGUCUGGCCGACCUGACCGUGUCCAUCUGCGCGUCGGCGUUCAGUCACAUUGUCGCAUUCAUUGGUAGCCUUGCUCUGUUCGUGGUCAUCUUGACGAUGAUUUGUCUGACCGUGAUUGCGGAUAUGAGGCUCAGCGUGAAUCCGCCCCGCUGGCACUACGUUCUGCUGCUACGAGGCAUCCUGCUGCUGUUGUGGUUUGCGGUGGCUCUCACAAACGCAGUCCUCUGUAGCCUGCUUAUCGUGGAGUACUUUCUGGCUUCCAACGAUCGCAUGGCGAGCAUCAGCAAGUCAAGCGAAUGGCUCUUCGUGAUGGUUGUGACCCCAGUGCACAUUACGAUUUUCGUGCUUCUGCUUUUCUUCUUCUUUCUACCGCGUUCAUGGACCUGGCGCACGACGGUAACAGCGAAAGUUUUCCGUCGUUGCUUGCAAGGCUCCUGGGACCACCAGCAGCGUUCCAAUAAAGUUGUGAGCGACGCUCGCAACGCGGAAUGGAACGCUUUCUCUCACAUUCGCACCGUAACGUUCGUCUGGGUAGUGCGCUACGUCGAAGACCUCUGGUUUCUCGAAAAGCUCUAUGAACUCGCUUCUCAGCAGGAUGCCAGUGAUCCGUGUCGACCACGGUUACGAAUUCAUGUUCAUAUUACCCGACUUGGACACGACGACGCCGAUCCGGUAAGCAGCAGACUCCCGGCGAAUUGCGGCGAGAUUCUCCAGUUCCAUUGUGGUCGACCCGACUUUGGCGAAUACGUCGCGGAAUUGGUGAACGAGGACCACGACACCACGACACCGCUAGCCGGACGCGGGAAACCGGGCGCACCUGCAAGCAUCAGACGCUUCCAACGCACGCGAGCCUUCUCGAACAAAGUGCAUCAUGGCAUCUUCUUUUGCGGCGGCAGGUCUGUUGUCCGCAGCGUGCACCAGAGCAUUCGUGCGGUAGCAGCGGCACGGGCGGCUCGAGGUUUGCCUCAACGCAAUGUGUUCUUCAUGAAGGAGAACUUUUAA